ACUGCAGGAGACUGUCACGUAAACACUGAGCAGCGGCUAAAUGACAGCAGCUAACGUAGGUGGAAACCUGGAUGUUUGUUUUACAGAGUGAAUGGGAAUGAUGGAAUAUUUCCCCGCUGUUUUAUUUUUAUAAAUAUAACUGUGUAGCCUACUAUAAGAGUCUAGUUAUCCCGGAGCAGUAACAGCGCGCUUCACUCUUGAGCCCCAAGCGAACCAGCUAGCUUAGCUUAGCUUCAGCUGAUCUUAGAGGCAUGAACUCUCUGGUUGGCUACGGAGUGUCCUCGGAGUCUGACAGCGAUGGAGAUGUAGAGGAUGUAAACAACGGUGGAGCUGGUUCAGUCGAGGAGGUGGGGGAUGAGGCUCCAGCUAUCAAAAGGACCCGCAACUUCUUGCUGGAGCCUGAUUCAGGUUGCAGUGAGUCAGACAGUGAAUCAGAGGAAGAGGACCCAGAGCCCUCUUCAUCACCACCACAUCCCCAAUCAUCUUCUGCAGGCUGCCAGCCCACCCGGGGCUCCUUCACCCCCAAUAAACUACCUCCUCCCACUCUAAAUACCUGUUCAGACAGCAGUGUGUUUGCCAAUCCCUUCAAGGCUCAGGCAGAUCAGAAGCUCAGCGCCUUGCAGAAACACGUCCCUCUCACAAUGCAGGCCAAACCCUCCCAGAUCGGAGGUAAAAGGAUGUGUGUGUCGUACAGGAAAGACGGAAGGUGCAGGUUUGGGAUCAAAUGCAAGUUUGCUCAUGACAGUGACCUCCAGACCCCAGCCACUCACGCUGACUGUUACCCGCCUGUGAGCGAAGACACACCAGCGUCAGAUCCAGCUGAGGGCCAUGCAGGUGGAGGAUCCCAGAAUCUCCGGCAGGAGACGAAAGAGGAAGAGUCAGGAGGGCAGCAAGUAAAGAAGAGGAAGGUUGGACUGAGUAACACCUUAAUUCCUCCUAAACGAGCUAUGAAGCAGUACACCAUGCAUAGGAACAGAGAGAGGAUCGAUAUGUCCUGAUCGAUGAGCUAUUACACUGCGCUGUCAUGAAGCAAUAGUAGUGGAAUUAAAUGUGUUGUAGGAAUUGUGUAGUGACCGUUUUAGGAUCAAUUAAUGACUCAGGCAUACAGUUACAUUACAUCUUUAGUCCAAAGCAACCUACAUUUUUAUUUUCCAUAAAUGCACAUCAAGAGCAAUUGUGUGGUUCCUGCUCAAGAACAUGUGAACAGAAGGAGCUGGGGAUUGAACCAACAACCUUACUAUUAAUGACCCCUCUACUAACUUAAAAAAAAAGAAAAGAUGUUCUCAAACUGUCAGUGAAUACACUUGGUAUAAAUGUUAAGACAUUUAUUUACAUCAUAUAAAUGAACAAUUUUUUUUGUGUUUGCUCUACUACACAUCCUAAAACACAAUUCAGAGAGGUGCAGAUUCAGUAUUGACAUGUGUUCCAAGGUUUCUACAUAGUUUUGCUUGUUAAAUUACAUUACACUUCAACGGUUAUAGACAGAAUUUGGGUUUAACUAAUUCAGUGACUGUGCUGUACUGUUAUUUUAUAAGUUCAUAUGUGAUGAUUUAAAACGUCCAUGGUCACCUCUUGGCUGCUUAUAAUGACCAAGGACUUUUGUGAGAAGUAAAUACAUAAUACGGGUUAUUGUUCCUUCAAAGUCUACAAACAACCAAGCUUAAACAUUUGCACAGCUGUCAUUGAAACUGGUUUAGUGACUCUGCCAAAAAUCGCUAAAAUAUGCAUAUUUUGUGACUUUUUACAGGCUAUUUUGUCUACGUCUUUCCAGGUUUUGAAAUGUUUCUCUUUGUGACUAUAGAUCGUUUUCUGUUAUAUAUUUUAGCCUUGCCAAAUAAAAGCUUUACAGUA